UAGUUCUGUGAUUAUAGCUACUUUCGUUUUCGAUGCAAACAAGGCGUUUUCUCAAUGGAGCCAGCAAUAAGAACGAUAGUCGACGGAGAAGCCUCGGAGUCUGAUGAUGACGAGGAUUCAGUAGAAAACGAAGAGAAGAAGGAGAAAAAACUGUUAAGUGAGGACCAAGUGAAUGCUGUAUCUAUAUCAGGAGAGGCUUCAGAAUCAGAGGAUGAAGAAAUACCCCCAAUCAAAGUGGACACAAGACAAAGUGGACUGCAAGAUCCACCUCAUUUGACUUCAGCUCCCAAACUUUACUCUAGUAAACCCAAGUAUGACAGCUUACUACAUAAAAAGUUGAGAGAGAAAAAUGCAGGUCUGCGCAGACACCUGGUGGAUUCUGUACAUCAGAUGUAUUUGGCGUCUGCUAAAGAUUUACACAACACAAGUCUUCAGCUUCACAAGUCACAGGCAUUGAUCAUGGAUGUCAAUCAUAACAUGAAGCUACUGACCAACGACCUGUUUCAUCUCGAGGACAAAGUGGACAUUGUAACGUCAUGUCAAAUCUUGCCAGAUAUUAACAUGUGUUCGUCAGUGCAAUAGAUGAAAAGACCAGAGAGAGAGAGAGAGAGAGAGAGGGAGAGAGAG